GUGUUGGAGCGCAAUGGAAUAUGCGGAGUGCCCCUACCAAGCACGCCGCUGAGCUCGAGUUGGCAGCGUGAGCUACCACACUAUGAUGCCGUCGUUCCUGUAUGUGCUUUUCAUUCAUGUUUGUCUUUUGAUGUAUAUUAUUUACUUGUUGAUAGUCAGUAGAAUAAAGAUGUCGUUUUUAAUGUGUUUUAUAGAAACGACGCGCGUUUUAAUUAUCUAAAAUAUCCGCGACUAAUUAUUGUGGUUUCGCGCCAAGUAUUCGCGUUCGCGAGUUCGGCCACCUUGGGCCCGAAAUCAUAAAAGUGGCGACUUCGGAAGUGGAAUUUUAGUGCGUUUUUUGCGCUGUAAAGUUCAGGCAAAACGUACCCCCCACGCAAGAGGAGGAGAAUGUCGUCCGGAGACAAUGGUCAGCCUAAUCCGGUCGGUAAUGGCCAACAAUCGUUGGGAAACGGCGAAGCGAUGCAUCAGCAGCCGUUCAUUCGUCCUCCGCAGCUUCAACAAGUGCCACCGAGACUGCCACCGCCAAGUGAUCCGUAUAUCCAGUGGUUUCAGCAGCAGCAACAGCAGUAUGUGACGGAGCUGUUUCGACAGCAGCAGGAAGCCAUUAGUCGGCAGCAGGAAGCUAUGAACCAGCAGCAACAGAUGUUCAUGCACCAGCAGGAGCAGUUACUUCGCAGCAUCAUGACCUCGAUCCAUGUACAAGUGCCACCGAAUCCGGAGGCGAUACUGGACUCGCUUGCCAAUAAUGUGAAGGAGUUCAGGUAUGAUCCGGAGAGCAGUGUUACGUUUUCGGCAUGGUACAAGCGAUACGAGGACUUGUUUGAAAAGGAUGCCAGUCGUCUCGACGAGAGUGCGAAGGUUCGUCUGCUCAUGAGGAAGCUGGGAAUGUCCGAGCACGAGCGGUAUGUAAGCUUCAUACUGCCAAAAGCUCCAAAAGACUUUUCGUUUGCGGAAACCGUGAAGAAGCUCAACUCGCUGUUUGGUGCCUCGGAAUCCGUCAUCAGCCGCCGAUAUCGCUGUUUACAAAUUGUGAAGCAGCCAACCGAAGAUUACGUCACGUACGCUUGUCGCAUUAACAAGUCGUGCGUUGAAUUUGAGCUCACGAAGCUAACCGAAGAGCAAUUCAAAUGUUUGGUCUUCGUCUGCGGGCUGAAAUCCGACCGUGAUGCUGAGGUAAGGACACGCUUGCUGACUCGCAUUGAAGAGCGAGAUGAUGUCACGCUGGAACAGAUUUCCGAGGAGUGCCAGAGAUUGGUUAACCUGCGGCAUGACACGGAAAUGAUUGAGAAUCCGGCGUCUGUGAACGCCAUGCGAUCGUGGAAGCAGUUCAAGAAGAGUCCUGCGAAGUUCAAGUCGAGUUCCAGUAGCGAGAAAAGAAGCGGAAAUAGUGCCAGAAAACCAGAAGUGUUGUGUUGGUUGUGCGGAGCGCCGCACUAUGCUAGAGACUGUUCAUUCAGGAACCAUAAGUGCAGUGAUUGUUCGAGAACCGGCCACAAAGAAGGAUACUGCCGGAGUGCCGAGAAAGUGAAAAGUGGACAGUUCAAUCGGCGUAAAGGACACGUAGACUCGAAGGUAGUGACAGUGAAUGCGUGCAGUGUACAGAAGCGUAGGAAGUUUGUGCCGGUAGUGAUGAAUGGAGAAACAGUGAGAAUGCAGUUGGACACUGGCUCCGACGUCACCAUUAUUUCAAGCAGAACGUGGAAGAAAAUCGGAAGUCCGCAGAUGGAUCCGUCAUCGAUAGUAGCGAAGGCCGCUACGGGGAAGCCGCUCGAACUGCUAGGUCAGUUUUCGUGCGACGUGAGCAUCGGUGAGAAGAACAUGCGCAGCCUAAUCCGAGUCUCCAAGGAAAACCUCCAUCUCCUAGGAUCCGACACGAUAGAAACGUUUGGAUUGUGGUCGGUGCCCUUCGAUACGAUCUGUGGGAAAGUCAGCAGCGAGUCGACGUGCGCAGAUGCGAUGAAAGCGAAGUUUCCAGAGGUGUUUUCCGAGAAGUUGGGCCUCUGCUCGAAGGCGAAGGUGAAGCUGGACCUGAAGGCUGGUAAAACUCCAGUUUUUCGCCCAAAGCGACCGGUUGCAUAUGCAAUGUGCCAGGCUGUAAACGACGAACUAGACCGUUUGGAGCAAGAUGGAAUCAUCUCACCUGUGGAUUACUCAGACUGGGCGGCUCCAAUCGUUGUGGUUCGCAAAGCGAAUGGUUCGAUUCGGAUAUGUGGCGAUUAUUCGACGGGUCUCAACGAUGCCCUGCAGCCCAAUCAGUACCCGCUGCCUCUGCCACAGGACAUUUUUGCGAGUCUGGCAAACUGUACCGUGUUCAGCCAGAUCGACUUGACCGACGCAUUCCUGCAAGUAGAAGUCGACGAAGAAUCACGGCAACUUCUAACGGUUAACACACAUCGCGGCCUCUACCAAUACAACCGGUUGCCGCCAGGUGUGAAAGCAGCGCCAGGAGCUUUUCAGCAAAUAAUUGAUACGAUGCUGGCUGGGCUGGAAUGUGUAAGUGGGUACCUCGAUGACGUGGUCGUCGGUGGAGUUGAUGCAGAGGAUCACAAGAAGAACCUGGAAGCAGUGCUGCAGCGGUUGAAGGAAUUUGGAUUCACGGUCAGAGCCGAUAAGUGUACCUUCGGGAAGGAGCAAAUUGGCUACUUGGGACUGCUGAUGGAUCGUCACGGAUUAAGGCCAGAUCCGGCGAAGAUUGAAACAAUCCUGAAGCUUCCGAUUCCCACGGAUGUUAGUGGCGUUCGUUCGUUUUUGGGCGCCAUUAACUAUUAUGGAAAGUUCGUGCCGAAUAUGCGCUCUCUGAGGUUCCCGCUCGACGAGUUGCUGAAGGAUGGGGCCAAGUUCCAGUGGACAGCCGAGUGCCAGCAAUCGUUCGAUCGGUUUAAGGAGAUUCUGAGCUCGGAUCUCCUGUUAACUCACUACGACCCGAGGCUUGAGAUAAUAGUGUCUGCGGACGCAUCGUCGAUUGGAGUAGGUGCCACUAUAAGCCACAAGUUCCCUGAUGGCUCAGUGAAGGUUGUACAGCAUGCGGCACGGGCGUUAACGAAAGCGGAACAACGAUACAGUCAGCCGGACCGUGAAGGACUGGCAAUCAUUUUUGCGGUGACCAAAUUUCAUAAAAUGAUCUUCGGUCGCAAGUUCCUACUCCAGACGGAUCACGCACCCUUGCUGAGGAUUUUUGGAUCAAAGAAGGGGAUCCCUGUCUAUACCGCAAAUCGUCUACAACGAUGGGCGCUCACUCUGUUGUUGUAUGACUUUGUCAUCGAGUAUGUUCCGACGGAUAAAUUUGGAAAUGCCGACGUCCUUUCGAGGCUCAUCGAUAACCAUGCGAAACCGGAUGAAGACUAUGUCAUCGCCAGCGUAAUCCUGGAAGAAGAUAUGAGAUCGGUAGUGAAUGAAGCUUCUAAUGUUAUCCCGCUGAGUUUCAAGGUCAUCGAAAAGGACACCCAAUCGGACCCGAAGCUCCGGAAAGUGUAUCGCUACCUGCAAGACGGUUGGCCGGAGAAAUCCAAAAUUGUGGACCCAGAGAUAGCUCGUUUCCAUGUUUGCCAAGAAUCGCUGAACACGGUAGGUGGAUGUAUUAUGUUCGGAGAAAGACUGCUGAUUCCUGAGAAACAUCGAAACCGAUGCCUGCUGCAGCUUCAUCAGGGACAUCCAGGCAUCCAGCGGAUGAAGGCCAUUGCUAGGAGUUUUGUAUACUGGCCUUCCUUAGAUGAAGAAAUCGUUGCGUACGUCAAGUCCUGUAAACAUUGUGCGUCUGUAGCAAAAUCGCCGCCACACUCGCCGCCUGUUCCAUGGCCAAAGCCAACUGGUCCGUGGAAGCGGGUUCAUGUAGACUAUGCGGGACCGAUAGAUGGAGACUACUUUCUUCUGGCCGUUGAUGCGUACUCAAAAUGGCCGGAGAUUGUUCAAACGCGACGGAUUACAUCAGCAGCAACGAUCAGCAUCCUGAGAAGUCUAUUUGCUCGUCUCGGAAUGCCGGAAGUAGUUGUCAGCGACAAUGGUACACAGUUUACGAGCAUAGAGUUCCAGAAGUUUUGUGUCGACAACGGAAUACACCACGUUACCACGGCUCCGUUCCAUCCUCAAUCCAACGGACAAGCGGAGAGGUUCGUGGAUACCUUCAAGCGUUCGGUGAAGAAGAUUCAGGAGGGGAGGAAUACAAGUACGCUGCAAGAAGCAUUGGACGUUUUUCUGUUGGUGUAUCGAACAACCCCAAACCGGCAAGUCGUCGAUGGAAAAUCCCCGUCCGAAGCGAUGUUCGGACGCCGCAUACGUACGAAUUUGGAUCUACUUCGUCCUCCACCUGUUUCAUCUGCCGUUGCAGCCGAACCAGAGCAAGACUCACAGAAGCGCCGCUUUGCUGCACAUGACCUUGUGUAUGCGAAGCUGUUUACCAAAAAUAAGUGGCGCUGGGCCCCGGGCGUGGUCUGCGAACGGAUUGGCCUCGUUAUGUACAGCGUAUGGGCAGAGGAUCGUCGGUUGAUACGAGCACACGUCAAUCAACUACGCAGUCGCUCGAGCACCUCUAAUCCUGGUCCAGAACUUAUUGAGAAUCGAGGACGUGACCGAACUCAGCUACCGUUGGAGAUUCUGCUUGACUCUUGUAACCUACAGAAGCCUUCGUUGAUUCCGGUAGCAUCGACACCAGAGCAGCUUACGAUGCCACCGCAAAGUUCUUCUGUGUCUCGUGAAGUUGGACCGCCUCAACAACCUGAACAUCAAGCAAGUUUCCAUUCGUCAGUUCGUAGCUCAAGUUCGUCUUCACCAGUGUCGUCAUCCAGGUCAUCAUCCGAAGCAUCCCCAGAUUUUGCUUCAGCCAGCAGUGGACCUGCAACUCCCACACAGGUACUGCCACGCCGUUCUUCAAGGACCCGAAGGCCGCCGCGUUGGUUCGAUCCGUACCGCCUGUAUUGAAGGAGGGGGAUGUUGGAGCGCAAUGGAAUAUGCGGAGUGCCCCUACCAAGCACGCCGCUGAGCUCGAGUUGGCAGCGUGAGCUACCACACUAUGAUGCCGUCGUUCCUGUAUGUGCUUUUCAUUCAUGUUUGUCUUUUGAUGUAUAUUAUUUACUUGUUGAUAGUCAGUAGAAUAAAGAUGUCGUUUUUAAUGUGUUUUAUAGAAACGACGCGCGUUUUAAUUAUCUAAAAUAUCCGCGACUAAUUAUUGUGGUUUCGCGCCAAGUAUUCGCGUUCGCGAGUUCGGCCACCUUGGGCCCGAAAUCAUAAAAAAAA